AUGGAAAGUUAUCAAACCGAAUAUGACAAGGACGGUUUAUUGUCUGAGACUUUUUGGAGGACUCCACAAAGAGCGGUUCCAGGCAGGCCUUUGCAAAGAAUCGCUCAAAACGAGGUUAUGUCUGGGUCAUCUUAUCAACAAUUUCAGGCGUCUGUGAACGAUGCCUGGGAUUUGGGGGAUGACGAGAUCAUCUCCGGAAUUGCGGAGACUAAAAUAUCGAAAGCCAUAUCACAGUCUGUAGCUUUAAAUGUAAUAAAUUCACAUCGUAAUAGUACUAAGAACGUAAACAGAAGUGACGUCAAGAUCGAAACAGAAACUGUGAAGCCGCAAGAAGAGGCGGUUGCAGUAAAAAAGAAUGAAGUUAAAAAGAUUGGAGGCAGUUCUAGCGCAUCAGGACCGAUUCGGCAUUAUCCAGGCCGCCCGCGGGCUGUCCGACCAUCAGCUUUAAUUUCCCGUGAAGAAAGUAGCGAAUCUAAAUUAGAAAGAUUCCAACAAGUACUGGAAAGCUCUGUUCUUGAUCUGAAUGAGUUAAAACAUCUCAGCUGGUCAGGAAUACCAGUUAAGGCCAGGGCUGUAACUUGGAGGCUUUUAGCGGGUUAUCUUCCUGCAAACACUGAACGUAGAGCAGAGACAUUGGAUAGUAAGAGAGCAGAUUACAAACAUCUAGUAAGGCAGUAUUAUGAUGCCGAGAGGGAAGAGGAGACAUAUAGACAAAUACAUAUUGAUAUUCCUAGGAUGAGCCCAUUGGUAGCUUUGUUCCAACAGAGCACUGUACAGGUAAUGUUUGAACGCAUCCUCUAUAUUUGGGCAAUCAGACACCCUGCAUCUGGUUAUGUCCAAGGAAUUAAUGAUCUGGUGACACCAUUCUUCAUGGUUUUUCUUCAAGAAGCAGCUCCUAAUAAAGAGUUGGAUAACCUUCCUUUAGAUUCAUUGAGUGAGGUGCAAAGAGACAUAAUUGAAGCUGACUCUUUUUGGUGCCUGUCUAAAUUCCUUGAUAGUGUACAAGAUAAUUAUAUUUUUGCACAGCUUGGUAUUCAGUAUAAGGUUAAUCAAUUAAAGGAAUUAAUAAGACGUAUAGAUUUACCACUUCAUGAGCACUUACAAACCCAUGGUGUAGAUUAUCUCCAAUUUUCAUUCCGGUGGAUGAACAACCUUCUUACAAGAGAGAUCCCUCUUCCCUGCACUAUUCGACUUUGGGACACCUAUCUUGCGGAGUCCGAUGGCUUCGCUAUUUUCCAGCUUUAUGUCUGCGCAGCAUUUCUACUGCAUUGGAGAGAAAGACUGAUGCAAGAACGCGAUUUUCAAGGGCUUAUGAUUUUACUGCAAAAUGUUCCCACACAAAAUUGGACUGAUUCAAAUAUAAGCAUGCUCGUAGCUGAAGCAUACAGGUUAAAAUUUGCCUUUGCCGACGCGCCUAACCAUUUGCACAACGCAGGAAAAUCCGACAGAUGA